GACAGGCGCCGUCCCUUCCCAGCCUCUCUGCGUCUCCUUUCCUCCGCCUCGGUUUGGGGCGGGGCAGGAGAAUGGCUUCGGAGAUGGAGUCGUCGCUCGAGGCGAGCUUCUCAUCCAGCGGUGCGAUGUCAGGGGCCUCAGGGUUUCUGCCUCCGGCUCGCUCCCGCAUCUUCAAGAUCAUCGUGAUUGGCGACUCCAAUGUGGGCAAGACGUGCCUGACCUACCGCUUCUGCGCCGGCCGCUUCCCCGACCGCACCGAGGCUACUAUCGGGGUGGAUUUCCGAGAACGAGCGGUGGAGAUUGAUGGGGAGCGUAUCAAGAUCCAGUUAUGGGACACAGCAGGACAAGAACGAUUCAGAAAGAGCAUGGUCCAGCACUACUACAGAAACGUACAUGCUGUUGUCUUCGUGUACGAUAUGACCAACAUGGCGAGUUUUCAUAGCCUGCCAUCUUGGAUAGAAGAAUGCAAACAGCAUUUGCUAGCCAGCGAUAUUCCACGGAUUCUUGUUGGAAAUAAAUGUGACUUGAGGAGUGCCAUUCAGGUACCCACAGACUUGGCACAAAAAUUUGCUGACACGUACAGUAUGCCUUUGUUUGAAACCUCUGCUAAAAACCCCAAUGAUAAUGACCAUGUGGAAGCUAUAUUUAUGACCUUGGCUCAUAAGCUGAAGAGCCAUAAACCGUUAAUGCUUAGUCAACCCCCUGAUAACGGAAUUUCCCUGAAGCCUGAACCAAAGCCUGCAGUGACGUGCUGGUGCUAAAUCACAGUCUUUAUUGUACAAUCUAAUUUUGACUAAAGAAAUACUUUUGAAGUGUGACAGUGAUAAGUCAUAGAAUUUAAUCUCAGAUAUCAUGGAGCAUCCUGACACUUUACUGUUUAUCAUCGUCAUGCUUAUUUUUGUAUUUUGUAUCUACUUCAUCAAGUUUGUCACUGCGACAACACAAGGGAAAAGUUAGUUUUCAGAGGUUGAAGUGAAGCAGAGUUAGGAUGAAUCAGAACAUCUUUCCAUUGAGAGCCCCAUGAGGAGGCUUCAAAUGAGAGUAUGAUGGGAUUUUAAGAGUCAGUGAUUGUUUAAUCCUGUGUUCCUGCAAUUGAAAAAAUAUAGUAAGGGUUUAGUAUACUUACUCGUAUGUGCUUUGAAUGGGAAGUGUUCUCAAUGGGAUAAAAACUGGUAUUUGCCUCUCCCUAGAGUUCUUUCUUUGUAUUAUUAAUGUACUUAAAUGCAUUAUUAUUGGUACAUUUUAGAGCCAAGACUUUAGUUCCAGUGGAAGGAGAGAGCCUAGAAUGUUUUCUGGUUCUCAGUCCAUAAAGAAUGACCUUUCCAACAGUUCUAGAUGCUUAAUAUUUCAAAUCACUAUCAAUCAGGUCUACAAAUAAAAAAAUCAUUGUUAUUUUUAAAAGAGUAAUUUGAAUUGUUUUCUUACUAAACUCUACACAUUAUGCAAAAGUAAAUCAGAUAGUAAGGUGCUUUAUACUUUAUUUUGAUACCUUUAAACAUUGAAAAACUAAUUGAAAGAUUUGAGGAGAUGUAAUUUGGGGGAAAAUAGCUAAACAUGGUUCCUGGCUACCACAAAAGACCUAUUCCUGGCUUUUGGUCAAGCUGUGUGUCAGACAUAGUAUCUCUUGCUCUCCCCCGGCCCCCAAUCAAUUUAAUGCCUAAAGGCUGAAUAAACAAAUCAUCUUCCGUUUGGAUUGUAACUCUGAGGGCAUACCUGUAAUUGCUCUGAGUCUACAUUUUAUUUCUGUAAUAGUACAUUACAGUACUUCUGUUGUUUAAAUCUUUAAAUUUUUAUGGUCACAACAAACUGCUCCUCCUCAGUAUAAAAAAUAAAUUAGAUAUUGAAAAAUAUCUAGUCUAUCCCUUGGUGGUAGAAAGAAUAUUUCAAAAAGUUUUUUUAGCCUAAUUACUUUUAUUUUGAAUUUAAGACUUUGCACAUAGGAAAUAGUAAGCUUGCAUGUGAAGCUAUUAUGUGAAUGGAAUGUAAGCCAUGAACUUUAUCUGAAGUGUGCACAUUGACUAAUUCUGAAAGAUUGCUGAACUUAAUAAUUUUAGAGGAAAUUAAGCCAAAAGAUGAUUAUACUUAAAAUAUUUUUAGAAUGUGGGAAACCAUUUAAAUAUGUGAUGUAAUCUAGUUUAGGAUUUUUUGUGUAAUCAUGAUGGUGGUCCUGACUGGAUAAUUUACUUAUGAAAACAAGAUAAUUCUAUUAAAUGAACUAAUGGAAAGUAAUAAUUACAGGAAAUAAUUAUUCUGUUUUAAACAUUAGAGCUUAAGGAAAAACAAAUUGGCUUUGUUUGCUUUUAAGAAGAUUAAUCCAUUUUUCUUAUCAUGGUAGAAUUAAAAAUGGUUUGACUUUGUCUAAAUUAGUGUUGAUUUGCAACUAUUUUUAUAGUAAAACAAUGACAGCUGUUAUAAUUGUCAUGGGCGGAACAGUUUUUUAAAGAAGGGAAUCUGUUUAUUGCUUAUCAAAACAUUUUCUAAAGUGGGGGAAGAAAGUUUACAGACUUUCCAAGCACUUUUUUUUUCAGUGCUGUUAUUACUCAUGUUUUUAAAAAGGUAAUUUAACUUUAUUUCUUUUUGUAAGAAGUUAGUAGUAAGUAUCCUUUAAAGUUCUGUAAAAGGACUUAUUUUUUCACUUUAAUAUUUAUUUUAAAAUAUUUGUAUCCCAUUUGUAGUGAUUUAUUGUUUUAAUUUUUUCUACAUUUGUUUUUACUUUUAAAAAGAACAUACUGAUCAGUUGAAUGGGGUAAAGCUUUUAGAUAUUUUCCAGAAUAUUUAUAAAACACAGACUAUUGAGAAAUCACUUACAAAAUGGUGGCUAUCAAACAACUAAUUAUUAAUUUUUAAAGCACAAAUCACACAUUUUGUAACUCCUGUAUGAAUUUAUUUUAACUGUGACCUUUAGUUGAAAACCUCAGCUAUGUUUUGGAAAAGUCAUAAUUUGAGAACACCAAAGGAAACGAAUCAGAUUCUAGUGAAGUUAGCUAUUCGUGACAAUGCUGUAUUGACAGUGUAUUGCUAGUACAUUUCCUCAUGAAAUCUAAACUAGAGUUAAAUAAUUUUCUUAUGGAAUAGCAUCACUGUAACUUUACCCUCAUGAAGUUCAAUAAACCAGCUUUGGCAUA